CUUCUGUCAUUCCAACAAGUCUUACGACUUCAAUGAGAUUUGAGAGCCAUCCUUUCGAGCACUCUUUCGAUCUGCUGCUAAGAUGCCUGCCACCGGAUCCUACUUUUUACCCCAGCAAUUGGAGCUUAAAGCAUCGGGAUGUCUGUCCCAAUCGGUCGGCAACCAAGUGCGGAAAACCUCAGUGGGUUUCAGACCCAACUCCGAUUUGAAAACCCUCCCCGACCAUGUGAGGGCUUACGUCGAAGAGAAGAUCGCGUUGUGCAAACCCUCGGCUCUGCAUAUCUGCGAUGGAAGUGAGGAGGAAAAUGAAUUCCUCAUUCAGCUCAUGCUUCGAGAUGGCAUGAUUGUCAAGCUGAACAAGCACGAGAACUGCUAUCUGGCUCGGACGGAUCCAGCCGAUGUCGCUCGAGUUGAAUCCAAAACAUUCAUCUGCACGCCACGACGAGAAGAAACGAUCCCCACCCCGCGCGAGGGUGUCAAGGGAUCACUCGGGAAUUGGAUCUCCCCGGAGGACCUCCAGAAGGCUUGGAACGAACGCUUCCCCGGUUGCAUGAGAGGCCGUACCAUGUUUGUCAUUCCGUUCAGCAUGGGCCCCGUCGGCGGACCGAUGUCGAAAAUCGGUAUCCAAAUGACGGAUUCGCCGUACGUUGUUUGCUCGAUGCGUAUCAUGACCCGCAUGGGCAGGGCCGCGCUCAGAGCACUCGGCAACGGACCUUUCAUCAAGUGCCUGCACUCUGUAGGACAGCCGCUCCCCAUGGAGAAGCCAGCCAUAAACAACUGGCCGUGCAACCCCGAGAAGACCAUCGUCACCCACGUUCCCGAGCUCAACGAGAUCGCGAGCUACGGUUCCGGGUACGGCGGCAACUCGCUCCUCGGCAAGAAAUGCUUCGCGCUGCGAAUCGGUUCCACUCUCGGUUACAAAGAGGGCUGGCUCGCGGAGCAUAUGCUCAUCCUCGGCCUCACAUCCCCUCAAGGCAAGAAAUUCUACGUCGCGGCGGCUUUCCCCUCUGCGUGCGGCAAAACGAAUCUCGCCAUGAUCACUCCGACCCUGCCGGGCUGGAAAGCUCAGUGUGUGGGUGACGACAUCGCCUGGAUGCGAUUCGAUAAGGACGGUGUUCUCCGAGCCAUCAAUCCGGAGUUCGGAUUCUUCGGGGUCGCUCCCGGAACUUCGUACACCACCAACCCGAACGCCAUGAAGACCGUGGAGAAGAACACCAUCUUCACGAAUGUCGGUGAGACUUCCGAUGGAUCCUAUUGGUGGGAGGGUAUGUCCGAGCCCCGGGAAGGAAUCACCGUCAAGACCUGGAAAGGUGCGAAGAAAGACAGCAAGACCCUGGCCGCCCACCCCAACUCCAGGUUCUGUAGUCCUGCCAAUCAGUGCCCCAUCAUCGACCCGGCAUGGGAGAGACCGGAAGGAGUACCGAUCUCCGCAAUCAUCUUCGGCGGUCGCCGUCCCGAGGGCGUUCCGCUGGUCUACGAAGCCAACAAUUGGGAUCACGGGGUCUUCAUCGGCUCGGCCAUGCGAUCCGAAGCGACGGCUGCGGCCGAACACACCGGUAAAGCGAUCAUGCACGAUCCUUUCGCCAUGAGGCCGUUCUUCGGCUACAACUUCACCAAGUACCUGGAGCACUGGCUUUCGCUCGGUGACAAACCCGGUCUCCAGCUCCCGAAGAUCUUCCACGUGAACUGGUUCAGGAAGGACGCUGAGGGCCGAUUCCUCUGGCCAGGAUUCGGUGAGAACUCGAGGGUUCUCGACUGGAUCCUGAAGCGUAUCGAGAAUGAAGCGGGUAGUGCUCGGGACACUCCUGUCGGUCUGAUCCCCACCAAGGAAGCGCUCAACCUCAAAGGAAUCGAGUCCGAGGCCAAUUACGAUGAGCUCUUCGCCCUAGAUAAAGAAUUCUGGACGAGAGAAGUUGCCGCCAUCGCGAAAUACUUCGAUGAACAGCUCUCUGGAGCAGUCCCGGAAAGAAUUCAACACCAGCUCGAUCAGCUCAGCGAUCGAGUGAACAAGAUGUGAUCUUCUCAAGGAGUAGUCGGCGAGGGACAAGUCGUCAGCCAAGCCGCGGUUACAUGUCGUUCGAAAACCUCUUCUCACUUUCUAUCUAUUGUUUCACCGAGGCUUUGAUAUUGAAAUGCGGCAGCCUAUAGCUGUGGCUUCCUCGUGGUCGCGUUCGAGGUUUCGCGGUUGUUUUUUUCCCGAUCGACGUCAACGAUGACAAUCACCAUGUAAAUAGAAACCAUGUAGCACUCAGAAUCGAACAAACUCUUGAACACUGUGAAUACGCUCUGACUCCCAAGCAAACAGUCUGUCAAUCGCUCAGAGCUUGUUUUUGUUGAAAUAUAUCCCAUACAUGCAAUGAACAACAAUC